AAUUGAUCCACGUUCCUUUCUACAAUUUGUUUUUUUUUUAAUCUCCUUGAUAAAUUUUCGUCAACACAUACCCAAAGACCUCCUUGUUGUACUCUCAAAUUCUUGGGUCGUUCUGAGUCGUCUCCGCGUUAAAUCUUUUCCCUUUUUGAUCCUUUCUUCCUUUCUUCUUCUUCUUCGCAUUGAUUUGGUCCUCCUUCCUCUUCUAUUCUAUUCAUUAAGAACCUAAUCUUCAUCUUCUCCAUCUUCUUCUUCACGGACUCCACUUCGCUCAUCCAGGAAGGUUUAUUAGUAGUAACCAAUCCAAGUGUUCCUUUUGUUUGAAGCAACAAGCUUUGUGAUAUUAUCCUGAGAGACAAUGUUUGGUUUAAGGAAAUCACCGGCAAAUCUUCCCAAGCAUAACUCAGUCGACCUCAAGUCUUCCAAGCCAAAUCCUUUCGAUUCAGAUGAUGAAUCUGACAACAAACAUACCCUUAACCCUUCUAAGAGGACUACCUCUGAACCCUCUUUGGCUGAUAUGACAAACCCUUUUGGUGGUGAGAGAGUUCAGAAAGGAGAUAGUAGUUCAUCCAAACAGUCAUUGUUUUCGAACUCCAAAUACCAGUACAAGAACAAUUUCCGUGAUUCUGGUGGUAUUGAAAACCAGUCGGUUCAGGAGCUUGAAGGUUAUGCUGUGUACAAGGCUGAAGAGACUACGAAAUCUGUACAAGGUUGUUUGAAGGUAGCAGAAGAUAUAAGGUCUGAUGCUACCAGAACUUUGGUCAUGUUACACGAUCAGGGCGAGCAAAUCACUAGGACGCACCAUAAAGCCGUUGAAAUCGACCAUGAUCUCAGUCGUGGUGAGAAACUUCUUGGAAGCCUUGGAGGCAUGUUUUCAAAGACUUGGAAACCAAAGAAGACUCGUCCUAUAAAUGGUCCCGUCGUAACCAGAGAUGACUCACCAACGAGAAGAGUUAACCACUUAGAGAAAAGGGAAAAACUGGGACUGAACUCAGCACCCAGAGGACAAUCAAGAACCCGAGAACCACUCCCCGAAUCAGCUGAUGCUUAUCAGAGAGUGGAGAUGGAAAAAGCUAAGCAAGACGAUGGGCUUUCAGACUUGAGUGAUAUACUCGGCGAGCUAAAGAACAUGGCUGUUGACAUGGGAAGCGAAAUCGAGAAGCAGAACAAAGGACUUGACCAUCUUCAUGAUGAUGUUGACGAACUCAACUUCAGAGUGCAACAAUCAAACCAACGUGGUCGCCGUUUGCUUGGAAAGUAGAUGAACAGAGGGUUUAUAUGUUCAUUACACUCAUUCCUCGUUUGUUUUAUUCUCUAUGAAGUUGUUCUUUAAAACUGGAAAGAUUCUUAUCAUGUUAAAUACAUUAUUGCUAUCUGUGUUUGUAUUUGAUCUUGUGACAAAAAACCAAAAAACUUAUUGAUCAAACAGAAGCAACUUUGGUAUCGUUUUUAUCUGUAUCAUAAAGCUUUCUCAAGAAAUUCUGAUAAUAGAUGAAAUUAUGAGUUUUAAUCUCAGAUUUAUAACC